AUGUCUGAUUUUCUUCGAGCUAUCUGCUGCUGUACUAAUGUCCGGUCGUCGUACGUAUAUGUGAACGAUCAGAAGUUUACCAUUCAAAAAUUAUUAGGAGAAGGCGGAUUCUCAUUCGUAUACCUCGUCCUUUCCAGUCAAGGUAAAGAAUUUGCCCUUAAGAAAAUUCGCUGUCCUUUCGGAAAUAUUGACUCUUUAUCACAGGCUAUGCGAGAAAUUAAUAGCUACAAGAGGUUUCAAAGCCCAUUUAUAACUCGUUUGGUGGAUUCGCAGGUUGUGCAAGAAAAGGAUGGGUCAAAGACUGUGUUCAUUUUACUACCUUUUUUUUGUAAAGGUUCGCUCCAAGAUGUGAUCAAUAGGCAUUUACUCGAUGGUACCUCCAUGAGCGAAGACGAAGUGGUGCGAAUUGCAACAGGCAUAGCACGUGGUCUCCAUUCCAUUCAUGAUGCGACAACCCAUGAGGAUUCCGAACAGUACAGCAUGGUCUCGACUGCAUACACAGAUGAUGUAUCGCUUAUGAAUGAGCUUGAGCUUGAUACAUUUGACGAUUCAACGCAAACAUAUGCACAUCGUGAUCUAAAACCAGCUAAUGUUAUGAUAUCAGCAGAGGGUAUUCCUGUAAUAUGUGAUCUUGGAUCAUGCUCGCCUGCCAAGAUAGAAAUCACAUCUCGACAAAACUUGAUUCAUUUCGAGGAAUGGCGCAGUGAGCAUUGUACCCUAGCAUUCAUUGCGCCAGAGCUCUUAAAUGUCAAGCUUCACUCAGUUAUAACUGAAAAGUGUGAUAUUUGGUCGCUUGGUUGCACUCUAUACACGCUUUGUUUUGGAAUUUCACCGUUUGAACGAGAGGAGCAAGUGAGUGGUGCCUCUGUGAGGUAUGCUAUUGCAACUGGUAAGUACUCCAUUCCUAGUAAGCCCAAGUUUAACGGAGAAUUCAUAAGGCUGAUCCAACAGUGCCUAAGUGUCAACCCAGAUGAUCGUCCAUCGUCUAGCUCAAUGAUAUCUGGCCUGGUACAAUUACAGUCUGAUAUUUCUUCGUCAUAA